AUGGGAGAAAUGUCCAGUGAUGCUGGAAAGAUAGGUGUGGCUGGGAUAAGACAUUCUCAGUCAGCUCGUCACAGAUUCUCAGGGGAAGGGGGGAGGGUCAGGACGUUGACCUCGGCAUUUGAGCGAGCAUUUCUUUUGGGGCCUGACAGGCUCUCCACAUCCUGCAGAGUUCUUCUGGAAAACAAGCCAAGGCUUUUCUUCUUUCUGGUGUUGCAAUCGGCAGUCAUCAUCUUGUUCUCCCAACUCCCUGGCAACAGCCAAAGCCUGAAGAAGCCAAGGGAGGUGCAGGCGCUGAUCCUGUCCUCCUGGCACUCAGGCUCCUCCCUCAUGGGCCAGCUCUUCAGUCAGUGCCCAGACGUCUUGGCCUGGCACGUCGUCGGGUUGGCUUUCUCUGGCAGUAGCCUUGCCGUGCUGCAGGAGCACGUGCAGGGCCUGGUCCGUUCCAUUCUCCUCUGCGAUAUGACUGUCCUGGGUAGCCACGUGGGCCCUGGGGCCAGAGGACAGUCUGACCUCUUCAUGUGGGAGACCAGCAGGGUCUCGUGCUCUCCUCCUGCCUGUGCUGCCUUUCCGCGUGACACUAUCACUUCUGAGUCUGAAUGUAGGCCUCUGUGCAGUAAACAGCCCUUCAGUGGGGUGCAGAAGGCCUGCCACUCCUAUGGCCAUGUGGUGCUCAAGGAGGUUCGCUUCUUCAACCUCAAGGGCCUCUACCCACUCUUGACCCACCCUGCUCUCAACCUGUACAUUGUUCACCUGGUACGUGACCCCCGGGCUGUGUUCUGUUCCCGAGAACGCACAAAAGGUAAACUGAUGUUGGACGAUCGUAUCUUACUGGGGCAGCAGUGGAACAGGCUGACGGCCACACACAGGUCCUAUUACGUGAUGAAGCUGAUUUGCCAAAGUCAACGGGAUAUCUAUGAAGCCGCACAGCGACUAGAGGGCCCUCUGCAGAGACGCUACCUCCUCAUGUGCUAUGAGGAUCUGGUCCGGGAGCCGCUGGCCCAGGUCUCCCAGCUCUACAAUUUCUCAGGAUUACACGUCUUGCCUCAGCUCCAGUCCUGGGUUCAGUUCAUUACUCAUGGGCAGGGUUUGGGAAAUGAUUCCUUCUACCCAAAUUCCAGGGACAGCCUCAAUGUUUCCCAGGCUUGGCGCUGGUCACUGUCUUAUAAAAAGGUGAGCCGACUGCAGGUGAUCUGUGGUGAUUUUAUGAGUCUGAUGGGCUAUCGGCCAGCUUGGUCUGAGCAAGAGCUGAAGAAUCUGUCACUGGAUCUGCUGUCUUCCCUGAAACCCACCCAGCUGAGCAGUCCAUGGGCUGACUCAAAGCCCAGCUCACUUGCUCGCUCACUUUCCCUCUCUCUCUAGCAGCCCCAACCACAGUGACAGCUAACCAGAUGCUUCACAGUCUACAAGAGCCCAUGGAUAAAUGUCACCCAACACCACACAGGGAAAAACAUUCUAUGUCCACAUUCUGUCCAAACAAGAGGCAGUGUAAACAAAUUGGACCCUUCCAUAGUACUGAGCAUUUAGGUUUUUGAAACCCAAUCAUUUUCUCUUGAAAAUCUUUUUAGAUUAAAAGAUAAAACAAAAUUCAGGUAUGCCUCACACUGUCAGCUAACAUGUUCCUAAAAAGCUGUUAACAAAUCAGCUCCAUCUCAGGCCAGUCACACUCUUUUUUGGUCUUUAGCUUCCUGUAACCUUCACCUCGGGAUGCAGCAGGACAGAGGGGGCUUUGGACAGAGCUAUGGAGUUCUCUGCUUCCAGUUCUUCCAGUUCUCAGUGGCUCGGGAGUGGAGACUUCUGAAAAGAUGGCCUGGAACACAGGCUUCCAUUUUGUUUCAGGUUAUUAGAGCCAUGGAAGACUGGGGGGAGGGGACGGGGGACGGGGGCAGGGGAGAAGAGAGGAGGUUCACAAAAACAGUGAC